UAAAGACACCUUUUAUUGUCUUUAUGACAUAAAUGUUGCCAAAAUCUCUGGAAUAUUCAUAAGUUGACGUUGGCGGCUUUUGUUCCACGCUACGAAUCUCCGGUCCCUUGUAUCACACGCAUACCUUACACCACUUUCACCAUACAAACAAAACCCAUUUGAGUAACACACUUUUCUUCUUUGUGGCAUUUUAUCAAACACUUGAUCUGCAUAUUGUUUUCACUGGAAAAGAUGAGUUCACCGUCGUCUGAUUACAAUUUGAGUCUAUAUGAGAGGGCAUUAUCAGCCGCGGGUGCCGCCUUUCUAUCCGCAAUCAUCGUAAACCCUCUCGAUGUCGCUAAGACUAGAUUGCAAGCUCAGGCUGCUGGUGUUCCAUAUCAGAAUCUGUACUCUACAUGCCACUUUGAAACAAACACAAUGUUAGCAGCUGCAAGAUGUUUUCCAUCGUGCUACCGUUCAUUACUCGGUGAACCGCCUUGUAGCCCACAGCCUUUUCAGUAUAAGGGCACUCUAGAUGUCUUUCACAAAGUUAUUCAACAGGAAGGAUUUACGCGACUUUGGAGAGGGACGGGUGCGAGUUUAGCAUUGGCAGUGCCUACAGUGGGUAUCUACAUGCCCUGUUAUGACAUUUUCAGAAACUAUAUGGAAGAAAGUACUAACAAAAAUGCUCCAAGUAUGACUCCUUAUGUGCCGUUAGUUGCGGGUUCUGUUGCCCGUUCUUUGGCUUGUGUUACUUGUUACCCGGUUGAACUUGCAAGAACCCGUAUGCAGGCAUUUAAAGAUGGCCAACAAGGUACAAAGCUUCCUGGAGUGUUGAAAACACUAGUUGGAGUUGUGUAUGCAGACACAAGCACAAAGAAACUCCAUAGCUCAUUUAGUAACUUUCGAUUUUUAUGGACUGGCCUUGGAGCACAGCUAUCGCGUGACGUUCCUUUUUCUGCUGUUUGCUGGGCUACUCUUGAACCGGUCAGGAGAGGAUUACUACGCAUGUCUGAUAAUGAAAGUAGCCUUGCUUCAAUUCUCGGUGCAAACUUUUCAGCGGGGUUUGUUGCAGGAAGCCUUGCGGGGGCCACUACAUGUCCUUUAGAUGUUGCAAAAACACGCCGUCAAAUAGAGAAAGAUCGUGUCCGAGCAUUGACAAUGACCACAAGACAAACACUGGUUGAGAUAUGGCGGGAUGGAGGAAUAAAGGGACUAUUCACAGGAGUCAGUCCACGUGUCGCACGUGCAGGCCCAUCAGUGGGGAUUGUAGUAUCUUUUUAUGAAGUCGUGAAGUACGCCCUCUAUAACAGAAGACAUCAACCAUGUGAAAACUAAUCUAGUUGUAAAUCUAAAUAAAAUCCAGAUUUAAAGACUUUGACGAUAUGAUUCUGUAGCCUAACUAGAUAAAAUACACACGUUAGAUGACGGCAAA